UAGUCAAACACAAUGCAACUUCACUACCCGUCAGAGCCAGAGCCUGUUUUUCAAUUCACAAUUCUCGACGAUCAUAAGUUGUUCAUAUUGCUUCCCAUUCAUCAUAUCUAAUCCCCUUGCAAUUGCCCUAAUUUACCCAUACCCAUUUUUCUUGAAACAAAUAGAUGAACACUUUCAUUCCAACAACAUCUGAAUCCAAACAAAACACACCCAUUAAAUUCAUUAUCAUUUCUUUAUCCUAAUCUAAUGAUCACCCGCCAAUUAUUUUUCAAAUAUUUCCACACUAAAAGUCCAUUAAACUCCCAUUCAUUUCACAAUGCACACCAACUGUUCGACAGAAUGCCCCAACCAAACUUCCCCUCUCUACACCACUCCAUGCUCGAUCUUUUGCACCAAAACCGCCCCUUUCAAGCCCUUAACAUGUUCAAUAAACAGAUUUACGAAGCGGGUGUUGCUCAUAUCGAUGAAGUUUCGACCGCUCUUGCUGUCAAGGCAUGUCGUGGAGACCCGAAACUCGGGUCUCAAAUCCACGCAUUUGCAUUGACAUCUGGGCUCGAUUCGUUUUUGUCUGUUUCUAACUCUUUGAUGCACAUGUAUUCGAAAUCCGGACAGCUUGAUCGCGCGUUGGUGAUCUUUAACAAGUUGUCUAACCCGGACACUGUUUCUUGGAACACGUUGCUCUCGGGGUUUAAAGAUAACAGCGACGCGUUAAGUUUCGCUUGUCGGAUGAAUCGUAUAGGGGUUACUUUCGAUGCAGUGACGUACACUACUGCAUUGGCACAUUGUGCAGAUUGUGAAGAGUUUAUGUUCGGAACUCAGUUGCAUUCGCUGGUACUGAAAAACGGAAUGCAGGGUGAAGGUUUUAUCGCGAACGCACUUGUGACGUUGUACGCGAAAUGGGAGCGUAUAGCGGAUGCUGAAAAGGUGUUCGAUGAAAUGCCUAGCAGAGAUUUAGUGUCGUGGAACGCUAUCCUUUCGGGGUAUAGUCAAGAAGGAAGUUACGAGGUGGAAGCGUUUACGACGUUUGUCGAAAUGGUUCGAUUAGGAUUGAAACUUGAUCAUGUUUCGUUCACAAGUGCGGUUUCCGCUUGUGGGCAUGCUAGAAACUUACGGCUCGGGAAACAGAUACACGGUUUCGCUAUUAAAAAAGGAUACGGAACACAUGAAUCGGUAUGCAAUGUUUUAAUCUCGACGUAUUCGAAAUGUGAUCACGUCGAAGAUGCAAAAUUGGUUUUUGACGGUAUGGUGAACCGUAAUGUAGUGUCGUGUACGACUAUGAUAUCUAUAAGCGAAGAACACGCGGUAUCUUUAUUCAAUGACAUGAGAAUGUACGACGUUUAUCCGAACGAGGUUACGUUUGUCGGCUUGAUUCAUGCUAUAUGUGCGAAUAAUGCGGUGAAAGAAGGCGAAACGGUUCACGCGUUAUGCAUAAAGUCUAGCUUUUUCGAAGAGUUAGUCGUUGCUAACAGCUUUAUUACAAUGUACGCAAAGUUUGAGUCGAUAAACGACGCGAUCAAAGUAUUUCACGAAAUCGAAAACAAAGUGAUCAUUACAUGGAACGCGUUAAUCUCCGGGUUCACUCAAAACAAAAUGUUUCAAGAAGCGUUGAAAACGUUUUCCUCUACGAUCAUGGAAUCAAAACCGAACGAAUACACGUUCGGGAGCGUGUUAAGUGCAAUCGCGUCUUCCGAAUCUAUCUCGUUAAGAUACGGUCAAUGGUGUCACUCGUAUUUGUUUAAACUCGGUUUAGACAAAAACCCUAUCGUGUCGGGAGCACUUCUCGACAUGUACGCAAAACGCGGAAGUAUAACCGAAUCGUGUAAAGUGUUCGACGAAAUAAAAAACAAGAACCAAGUCGCAUGGACCGCAAUCAUAUCUGCUCAUUCGCGACACGGAGAUUACGAAUCCGUCAUGAAACUAUACGACGACAUAACAAACCAAUCUUUCGAACCCGAUUCGAUAACAUUUUUAUCCGUAUUAACCGCGUGUGGAAGAAAAGGAAUGGUCGAAAAGGGGAAAGAGGUGUUCGAGUCAAUGAUCAAACUACACAAAAUCGAGCCGACCCCGGAGCAUUAUUCGUGUAUGGUCGAUAUGUACGGGCGGGCGGGGCGGUUAAACGAGGCGGAAGAGUUUUUGACCCGUAUACCUGGCCGGGUCGGGCUGCCCGUGUUGCAAAGCUUGUUGGGGUCAUGUAAAGUUCAUGGGAAUAUGGAAAUGGGGAAACGGGUUUCGGACGCUUUGUUGAAAAUGGAGCCGAAAGAAUCGGGUUCGUAUGUGUUGAUGUCGAAUUUGUAUGCGGAACGAGCGGAUUGGGAUGAGGUUGCGAGAAUACGAAAAGGGAUGAGGGAGAAUAAUGUGAAGAAAGUUGUCGGGUUUAGUUGGGUCGAUGUGCAUAAUGUUAACGAGUCGACUCAUGCGUUUUCGUCGGAUGAUACGUCUCAUCCACGGACGGAUGAGAUUUAUCGAAUGGUGCGGUUUUUGGGGUCGGAAAUGAAGUCUGUAAAGACGGACGAUGUGAUCGAGCAAGUUCAAGUUUUGUAGCGAUGAACAGAUUUGAAAACAUGAGUUUUUUGUUACAGGAAUUGUUGAAAAAUAUGAGUGUUUAAAGUGUUAUGAUGGGAGUUGGAUGUUUUUUUGUUAA